AUGGCGACUGAAUUCGGGAGGCUGAUGGACUCGUUCUCCUUUGCGGCAUCCAAGGAAGUUGACCACCCCGUCAGCAUCCGCAUAGUUUCCCUCGAAGGGGAUGAGCCGGCGCUCAAGACGUCCACGCUCCUCGAACGACCGGAUCUACGAUACAUUGGCUCCAACACGAGCCCUCACUCCGACCUCUACGUUACCGUCCAGGUCUGGGCCGGCUCCAAGCCUCUGACCGUGCCAGUGCAGACCGCAUAUCGCGCCUUUCGAGCAGAAAGAAAGUGGAACCAGUGGCUCGAGCUGCCGAUAUACUACAGCGUGCUUCCGGCCGACGCAACCCUCGCCAUCACAGUCUGGGACGUCUCGCCGGUGGGGGGCAAAGAUGCCAUCGGGCACGCCACCCCGUUCGGCGGGACGACCCUGCCCAUGUUUGACGAUGAGAACCACAUACAAAAGGGCCGGCAGAAAUGCAUCAUCCACCGAAACAAGAAGGCAGACGGCCUGGGAAACACCACGACGCCGGCGCUCAUCACCGCAGGCAAGGGCCGCAAGACAAGGGGAAAGGCCGAUGUCAUGGUUGUUGACAAGGACGCCGAGGAGAUGGACAGACUCGAGAAGCUACUGAAGAAGCACGAAAUGGGCGAGAUACCCCGCGUCGACUGGCUAGAUCAGCUAGUCUUCCGAAACGUCGAGCAGCGAGAAAAGGCAACGCAGAUGGCAAAGCGUAGGCAAGAGCGGGUGAAGCGUCUACACAUGGAACACGCAAACGGGACGCCUAGCGCGCAGGCUAGCUCCAGUGACGGUCGCGAUGGUCUGGCAAGCUUCCUCUUGACCGUAGAACUCCCGCGUUUUGACCAUCCAGUCGUCUUCGCCGACCACGAAUACGACCCCCCACCCGUGUCGUCCCUACAAAACCAACCAUUGUCGGCAUCGCAAAUUAAUGCAGCACAGAAACCCCAAGUGCAGUACGGCCCUGGCAUCAACGCAAACGACGAUGGUGGUGAGGGUCUGAACAACCGGCUCAUCAAGCUGUACGAUCCAGAGGCGGGCCUCCGGGACAACCCUUGCGAGGCAAAGCACCGACGACUCUUCCGAAGCUCACAUCGCCAUGGCAUCCUGGACAAGGAUCUCAAGCCCAACGCCAAGGUCCGCGAUGAGUUGGCCCAGAUCAUGUCCUAUUCGCCGACCCACGUGCUGUCGCCAGAGGAGACGGACUUGGUAUGGAAGUUCCGCUAUCAUCUCACGCGAGACAAGCGGGCGUUGACCAAGUUUGUCAAGUCCGUCAACUGGGCCGACCAGAGCGAGGCGAAGCAGGCCAUCCAAGUCCUGGGCCGCUGGACGUCCAUUGACGUGGAUGAUGCCCUCGAAUUGCUGGGCCCCUCCUUUGACAACUCGGGCGUUAGAUCAUAUGCUGUCGAGCGACUUCGCAAGGCGGACGACAAUGAGCUCUUACUGUACCUCCUCCAGCUCGUCCAAGCGCUCAAAUACGAGCACGUGUCCGUCAACUCGGGGCAGGACAUUACGGAGGACUCAUCCCUUGCUCGGUUCCUGGUCCAGCGCGCCGCGGCCAAUUUCAUGCUAGGCAACUACUUAUACUGGUACCUUAUGGUGGAGUGCGACGACCAUAGCCCGAUACAGGGCGCCGACACGCGCGAGCUGUACCGCAAGGUCGCCUACGAGUUCAUGCUCGAGCUGGAGAAGAGGCCCGGCGGCGCGGCAGAGCGCAAGAUGCUGCUACGCCAGGCGGAGAUGAUUGCGAUCCUCUCCAAGAUUGCGAGCGAAGUCAAGGCGUCGUCCGAGUCCAUACCGAAAAAGGUGGAGCGGGUGCGAGCCGCCAUCAGCGACCCCAAGAACGAGCUUCUGACGUUUGACCCGCCACUGGCCAUGCCCCUGGAUCCCGCUGUCCAGGUGACGGGAGUCGUGCCGGACCAGGUCAUUGUCUUCAAGUCUUCCUUGAACCCGAUCAAGUUCACAUUUAAAACAGCCACGGGAGGCACAUACCCCGUCAUCUUCAAACUAGGGGAUGACCUGCGCCAGGACCAGCUUGUCAUCCAGAUCAUCACGCUCAUGGACCAGCUUUUGCAGAAGGAGAACCUCGAUCUGAAGCUAUCACCGUACAAGAUCCUCGCAACGAGCACGUCGGCCGGUGGCUCCCAGUUCAUCCAGUCGCAGAGCCUGUCCAGCAUCGUCAACAAGUGGAAGGCCAACCCGGCCCUGGCCUACCUGCGCCACCACAAUCCAGACGAUCGUCAGCCUCUGGGUGUCCGAAACGAUACCAUUGACACCUAUGUUCGCUCAUGUGCGGGCUACUGCGUGAUCACGUACAUCCUUGGCGUAGGCGAUCGCCACUUGGACAAUCUCCUGCUGGCGCCCGACGGCCACUUUUUCCACGCCGACUUUGGCUUCAUCCUGGGACGCGACCCCAAGCCCUUUGCGCCGGCCAUGAAGCUCUCCAAGGAGAUGGUCGACUGCAUGGGUGGCGACAAGUCCGAGAACUACAAGCAGUUCAGGGAGUACUGCUUCCUCGCGUACACUGCGCUGCGCAAGUCGUCCAACCUGAUCCUCAACCUGUUCAGUCUCAUGGUGGACGCCAACAUACCGGACAUUCGCCUUGAACCGGACAAGGCAGUCCUCAAGGUGCGGGACAGAUUCCAUCUGGAGCUGACCGAGGACGAGGCGAUUAUGCAGUUUGGAUCGCUGAUCGACACGUCGCUAACAUCCUAUGCGCCGGUUCUGAUCGAUAGAUUUCAUGAAUGGACCCAAGCACUUAGGUCAUAG